CAGUACAUUUAAUGGAAACUAACGCACCACAUCUUUGACAAAGCCAAGCAACUUUGCAGAAGGUGGUCACAGCUGGGAGCAUCAUGGAACGCAGUGUCUCCUUUUUGUGGUGUUGCGUUUCCUUGGCGCUAAUUUAUACCAGUGUUCACGGAAAUCCAGAAGUACAUUCUGACUCUGAUGACCAUGAAAACAAAAUACAAGCCCUGAACAAUAUGAACAAUGACUUUGCUUUCAACCUCUACAAAAAUGUUGUGUCUGGUGCUCAGUCCCAGAACGUUUUCUUCUCUCCCCUGAGCGUGUCCAUAGCACUAGCGGCACUGUCAUUAGGAGCAGGAGGUGAGACUCAUCAACAGCUUCUCAGUGGCCUAGGAUUCAACAGCUCAGUUCUCACUGAUGAGGAAAUGCACCAAGCUUUCCUAGAUCUCCUUCAAAACCUCAAUCAAAGGAAAGAAGUAGAUCUGAGUGUGGGCACUGCUGUCUAUGUCCAUGAAAACUUCAAACCUAAUCCGGAAUUUCUAGAGAAACUGAAGCGUUUCUAUCUGUCUGAUGGCUUCUCUGUUGACUUCACGAAGAGCACUGAGACCUCUAAUCAGAUAAAUGAAUACGUCAGUGGAAAGACGCAUGGCAAAAUUAGCAAGUUUAUUGAAAACCUGGAUCCAAAUACUAUCAUGUAUCUGCUCAGCUAUGUAUAUUUUAAAGGCAAAUGGUCUGUCCCAUUUAACCCCAAAAGGACUAGAGAGAGACAGUUUCAUGUGGAUAAAGAGACGACCGUCCCAGUUCAAAUGAUGUUUGUGAAAGAUACGUUUUUCAGCUACCGUGAUCAUGAAUUGUCUACCAGAGUCCUUCGUUUGGAUUACAAGGAUACAUUCUCCAUGAUUCUGGCUUUGCCUGAUGAAAAUGUUACCCAAUUGGAAGAGGCUGUGCAUCCACACCAUAUAGCCAAGUGGCAAAAAUGGAUGACUGAAAGUGAUAUAAACGUCUACCUCCCUAAACUGUCCCUCAAAACUAAAUAUAAUCUGAACAAGAUUCUGCCUGAAAUGGGAUUUAGGGAUAUGUUCACACCAAAAGCUGACUUCUCUGGGAUUUCGGAUGAAAAGCUGCUAGUUUCUGAGGCUGUACAUAAAGCCACUCUAGAUGUGGAUGAAACCGGAACCGAAGCAACAGCAGUGACUGGAAUUGGCAUCAUGCUCUUUUCUGCCAGAUUUCCCAAUGAACUGAAAUUUGAUCGGCCAUUUAUGAUCUUUAUUGUUGACCAAAAAACAAACAAUGUUCUCUUCAUGGGGAAAAUUGUAAAUCCAACAAUUUCUGAGGUCAAUCAAUAAAGAAAUAAAUAUCUCUUCUGUAGGUUUUCUUAGUGUUGGGAUCUUUAAUGCAUAAAAAAAAUAUACAUGAACACCAACAUUUGUUGACAAUUGGUUUAAUAAAAUAUCUAUUGCAACUAA